CGGAUAGAGAGGCUGCUCCAGGGUCGCACUUCCGGCCAUCUCCCUGGGAGACGCGCAUUGUGAAGUCCGGAGCCGGCCGUGCCAGUUAGGGUCUCCGGCGACCGGGACCGCAGUGGCGGCCCCGCGGGCGGGAUGUUCCGGGGUUUGAGCAGUUGGUUUGGCUUGGAGCAGCCGGCGGCGGGUGGCCGGCAAUCUGAGGGAGACGCUCCACCCCAGCAGUGCUCUGAAGUGGUGUCCGAGUCUGCGGACGGGGAGCCGCGUCAAGCGGGGAACCAGGAACUCCUUCUUCACCAGGCGAAAGGCCUCGGCAACUAUCUGUUUAGCUUUGCAACUGCUGCUACAAAAAAGAUAACUGAAUCAGUUGCUGAAACAGCACAGACAAUAAAGAAAUCAGUAGAAGAAGGAAAGAUAGAUGACAUCAUUGAUAAGACAAUUAUAGGAGAUUUUCAGAAGGAACAGAAAAAAUUUGUUGAGGAACAGCAUACCAAAAAGUCAGAAGCAGCAGUGCCCCCAUGGGUUGAUAGUAAUGAUGAAGAAACAAUUCAACAACAAAUCCUGGCCUUAUCAGCUGACAAGAGGAAUUUCCUUCGUGACCCUCCAGCUGGAGUGCAGUUUCAUUUUGACUUUGACCAGAUGUAUCCCGUUGCCCUGGUCAUGCUUCAAGAGGACGAGCUGUUGAGCAGGAUGAGAUUCGCCCUUGUUCCUAAACUCGUGAAAGAAGAAGUGUUUUGGAGAAACUACUUUUACCGCGUCUCCCUGAUUAAGCAGUCAGCCCAGCUCACGGCCCUGGCCGCCCAGCAGCAGGCCUCCGGGAAGGGGGAGAAGAGCCGCGGCACCGAGGAAGACCUGCCGCUGACAGAGGCAGUACGGCCCAAAACGCCACCUGUCGUAAUCAAAUCUCAGCUUAAAACUCAAGAGGAUGAAGAGGAGAUUUCUACCAGCCCAGGGGUUGCUGAGUUUGUCAGCGACGCCUUUGAUGCCUGUAACUUAAAUCAGGAGGAUCUGAGGAAGGAAAUGGAGCAACUGGUUCUUAACAAAAAGGAGGAGGAGACCGCCGUUCUAGAAGAAGAUUCUGCAGAUUGGGAAAAAGAGCUACAACAAGAGCUUCAGGAAUAUGAAGUGGUGACAGAGUCAGAGAAACGAGAUGAAAACUGGGAUAAGGAAAUAGAAAAAAUGCUGCAGGAGGAAAAUUAGCUCUUUCCUGAAAUAAAAGAAUAAUGCUUAACAUUCUGUAACUGACAUUAAAUUCUAGAUGACAACACUUGCUGAAUCAGAAGGCACAAAAGAUGGGUAUAAUUUUGAAGUCCAAGAUUGUUCAUUUUUAGGCUGAAAUUUGCCUUUUUUGCUUUUAAAAAAAAUAUAUAGGAUAGUUAUUCUAAUAAUUGAAAAGGAUGUUUUAUGUAAUAUUUCUUUAAUAUAAAUCUAUUUAGAGGUAUUCAUGUAGUCACUAUGGAUAUCUUUGCCACAGAAAUGCAAGUAAAAUUUUAGAAUUCUGUUUUCUGUGAGGUCAGAAUUAUAAUUUAUUCUUCAAUUUUUUUUUUUUUUCUAAACAUUUGUACUUCUUGUUGCACUUUCACUGAUACAUGUAUGUUAAAGUACUUAUAUAAUGAAUUGAUAACUAUCAAAAUGACCAAAUUGUACCAAAGAACCUAAGAAGAAGCACUUUCAAGACUAUUUUCUUGCUAGGUAUUUUCUAAAAUUCCAUCUAGAAGCCAAAAGGUAAGAUAAUGAUGUUGAUUUUAAUGGUGUAAACAUCACAUAAUUUGAAACUGAGAAAUACCGUGCAAAGACGUUUCUUUUUCUCUGGGGCCUUUUCUUUCUUUCUUGUGUUGUUGUUUGUUUCUUUAUUUGUUUUUUUAACUGUACCACAUUUAAUAUUGUUGCUUUCCUAAAUUCCACAUCACAGUUUUUGUAGAAAAUGGGGCCUUUUGUCCUUUUUAUAUUAAUGACCUUCACAAGCCCAUUCAGCUUACAUUCUCUUGUUUUUGUUUAAAAACUUUCAGCUUUGUUUGUCUUAAUUAAACUGUUAGUCCUUAUAAAAUUGUGUUACUCUAAGUGCAGCUUACAGAACUUCACCGCUCAAUCCUGCUUAUAUUAUCCUACACCAGCAGGCCCAUGCUCAUAGGAUAUGGUAUUUUAAAAGAACAAGGUGGCUUAAUGUCAGAACACUUCUGAGACGUUGACUUCGUAAAACGUUCAUAUUUCUCAAGGAAACUUUAUUUCAUAAAAGGGAAUAGAGUUAAGAUGAUUCUUUAUGGGAAAAAAUGUACAUAUGUAUAUUUUUGACCCUAUAAAAAUUAGCCCAUUGUCCUCUGGCAAAGGUAUUGUCAAUGAGAGACCUGGAUGUGUGUCCGGGCUUUACUCGUGUUUGUUGCUUGGUGUACACACUGGUGAGUGAGCCAGACCGUCUCAGCUAGGACCCCUUGGGUUAUAGUAAUAAACUCAUGUAUUCUGUGAAAUCGCUGACCCCAUCAUCAAGGGAUUUCCACUCGUGGUGUAACAGUUGAUGAUUACUGAGUUUGGGUUCAGAGAUAAUGACUGGCAACUUCUUAAAUAAUCCUGUUGAAGGGAAAAGUUUGGAUUUUUUUAAAGUAGAGUUUUCUGGAGGGGAAAGAAACAUGUAAAAUGUUUUUAAGUAGCUGAAAGUCCUGGAUGUAAGCAGAUCAGAAUACGACAGUGCUUUGCUCUUGGUAUGUGCACUAAAAUUCACAUUGUUGAAUAAAUACAAAAAGGCAAAGGUUUCAGAGAA